AGAAUGAGUAGUGCUGGAGCAGACAGGAGGGGAGUUCUGGCUGAUAAAGUGGCCCUGAUCACAGGUUCCACUGAUGGGAUUGGUUUUGCCAUUGCACAACGUCUGGCCCGGGAUGGGGCCCAUGUGAUUGUGAGCAGCCGAAAACAACAGAAUGUAGAUCGUGCAGUUGAAAAACUUCAGGGAGAGGGACUGAGUGCUUCAGGAACUGUGUGCCAUGUGGGAAAGGAAGAAGACUGUAAGAAGCUAGUGUCCAUGGCUUCUGAAAAAUACGGGCUUAUCAACUUCCUGGUUUGUGUGGCAGGUGUCAACCCUUUGGCUGGGAGUACACUGGGUGCCAGUGAAGAAAUAUGGGACAAGAUAAUGGAUAUUAAUGUGAAAGCACCAGCCCGGCUUCUGAGGCUGGCUUUACCACACAUGGGUAAUAGAAAGGCAAGUUCUGUGGUUUUUGUUUCCUCUGUUGUGGCGUAUAAUCCUGAGAUAACUCUGGGUCCCUACAAUGUCAGUAAGACAGCCCUACUGGGGCUCACCAAAACCCUGUCUUUGGAGCUUGCACCGAAGGGCAUCCGGGUGAACUGCUUGGCACCAGGAGUAAUCAAGACUGACUUCAGCCAAGUGCUCUGGAAGGAUAAAAAUGUUCUACAGGAUUUGAUGAAACGACAUAGAUUUACAAGAUUGGGGUGUCCAGAAGAAUGUGCUGGAGUUGUGUCCUUCCUGUGUUCUCCAGACUCCAGUUACGUUACAGGAGAAACUAUUGUGGCGUCAGGUUAUUCUCCACGACUCUAA